AGAGGACAGUGAGCGACCUGGUUGCAUUGCAAUACUUCGCCAGGCGAAAGUAUGUCCGGAAAGUGAGGAAUCCCACUUGAUCCCUCGCCUUUAAAAGUCUUCCCCAAAAGCCAGCGGCAGUAAUGGGCAGCGGCAGCAGCAAGUGGAACAAGGUGUCGGUGGGAGGCGGGGGCGAGUGUGGCGGUGGGAGCUCAGCUGGAAAGGGAGCCUUUAGCCUCCAGCCGACACGGGGGGUCAGCGGGAAACAGGGUCGGUCAGACAAUAGGGGAGGGAAAGCGGGGAGGAAAAAGGACACUGACUCCCAGGAUCGGGAAGGGAGCACAGGCUGUGGCCAGAGCAAAGGGAAGGAGCCGGACUUUGCUGCUGAUCCUGAUGAAGGUGGGAUCAGGGAAGAGCUGGACUUGACUCUGCUGGAGUGGGGGGACUGCCAGACGCAUCCCAACACAGAACUGCAGCCCAACACAGAACUGCAGCCCAACACAGAACUGCAUCCCAACACAGAGCUGCAUCCCAACACAGAACUGCAUCCCAGAUGCUCUUCUGGGUCCAACUCCUGCACCUGGAGCAACUCGGGAUUCCACUGCAAGGGGUCUCCUUUGAAUCCCAUGUCCAGGAUCCAGAUGUUGGCGGGGAAGGUCAGCCCGGACACAGCUGCUGAGCUGCUGUUUGGUCCAGGGAGGGUUCAGCUUCCCCAAUGUCAGGAGAAGCGGCCAGAGACUGACCCAGGUUCACACCAGGUCUGGGCCACAUCUCUGGGCAGAUCCAACCUUAACGUCCAUCACUGGAACCAGCAGAAUCUAAGACAUCCCAGGGGCAUUAGGAUGAAUUGCAGUGGUCUCUCUCUGGAGAUCAGAUGAGCCAGCACAGGAAAUAGAGCUUUUGAUGACACCCACUGCAGUUCAAUUAAUUGGAAUAUUUAGUAAGUGUUGGGGUGUUGAUGUGUUUUUUUUUAAUAUCUUCAUUCCAGCUGCUCAGGAACUGGAAGCCAGAAAAGGAAACUGAAGAUGCGAAACAGAUGUGUAUUAAUGGGAGGAAUUUUAGGAUUUGGACGAGUAGUGUGAACGAUUUAACAUGUUUUAUGGAAAUCAUUGUUCUCUUUGCACUUUUAUCUAUGGAUAAAAGUGUAUAAAACCUAUGUAGUUAUUAAAUCCCUCUAUAGUCCUGGCAACAUAACACUAUAAAAUCAGUAAACAAAAGCCAAAUUCACACAAAUUGUCAGUGUUAAAUGUUUCAGUAACAGGAUUGACCAGGGCAAGAGACAGAAAUGAGUUCCUCUCCUUAACAAAUUCCACUUGGGCGAGAGCUGAUGUUUUUCGAUGAGAUUACCUACAUACCCUUAGUGCCUUGUGAAUACUCUCGGAUGUUCAUUUACACAUUGAAGAGUUGCUGAAAGUUGUUGAGGAUAUUGGGGUCGAAUUUGUGGUAUUAAUUAAUCAGAUUUCUUAAAAUACAAUCCGAGAAAAACAAAUCAGGAAUCCUUCUGUUAAUGGGAAGUAUGCCAUGCUCCACACUGUUGCCAUCCCAAGGCACAACCUCAAAAAGAGAAGUGAGUUUCUCCAAUGUCCUGC